CUGUGUCUGAAAGUGACCGUUACGAUGGCAGAUGAGAAGAAAGCGCAGGCAACUUCCAAGAAGGGCGCCAAGAAAAUCAUCAAGAAGGCGCCAGCGAAAGGCGGUAAGAAGAGGAGAAAGUCCAGGAAAGAAAGUUACGCCAUCUAUAUCUACAAAGUGAUGAAGCAGGUUCACCCCGACACCGGCAUCUCCUCCAAGGCCAUGAGCAUCAUGAACUCGUUUGUCAGCGAUAUUUUCGAGCGUAUCGCGGGGGAGGCUUCCCGCCUGGCCCAUUACAACAAGCGCAGCACCAUCAGCUCCCGGGAGAUCCAGACCGCGGUGCGGCUGCUGCUGCCCGGGGAGCUGGCCAAGCACGCCGUGUCGGAGGGUACAAAGGCGGUGACCAAGUACACCAGCUCCAAGUGAGACCCCACAUUGUGCAGAGAAAACACAUCCAAAACCCAACGGCUCUUUUCAGAGCCACCCACAACUUCGCUGAAACAGCUGAACCAACUUUGUGCAAAUGAUUUUCGGUAUGUAUUAGUAAUGUCAGUCGGCUUUUUAAAAAUAAUGUAAUUGUUUUAGAACUUGAUGUGUGGUCCCUCAUCUGCCCUUUAUUUUAGGUUGCAGCCAUACCCUGUCUCGUUUCCCUGUAUCUGCAAAGAGCAUAAUUAUCUCCAAUGAAUCAUGUAUCAACAACUUCCAUUUUUUUUUCCCAAGUUCCUCUUUCACACUUGAUGACCCCGGGAAACAAAAUUAACAUCGAAUCCCUUUUUACAAUCUACUUGCUGUUGUUAAUUUUACAAUGAACCGAGAUAAAGCCAGAGCAGCUGCCGAAUUGCGAUAGCAAGUGUGAAAUAUACAAGGCUAUCCUCGGGUCUCCGCUCUCUUUCGAGGGUUUGGGUGGCUCUGAAAAGAGCCUUUGGGUUCGCUGGAAAAGGGACGAUUUGCUCAGCCGC